AUGUCGGGCACGGAGGAAGUCAAGGAGCAAACAGAAGUUGUAAUGGAGAACACUGACAAGCCCACUCCAUCAGCACAACAGGAAGAGGAAGUUAUAAAGAAAAAAUAUGGUGGGAUAGUACCUAAGAAACCGCCGUUGAUAUCUAAGGAUCAUGAACGUGCCUACUUUGACUCUGCUGAUUGGGCCCUGGGAAAGCAAGGUGCAGCAAAGCCUAAAGGACCACUGGAGGCUCUCCGGCCAAAGCUGCAGCCAACUCAGCAGCAAACACGUUACCGUAAAUCUCAUUAUGCCCCAUCAGAAGGUGAAGAUGGAAGUGGUACCCAACCCGAAGAUAUGACUGCCAAUGAAUGA